UAACAGAGACACUACACUCUUUCCUUUUUCUCUCUCCCUCUCUCACUCGCACAAACUAUAUUAACCAUUAAAUAAUUAAAUAAUUGAAUAAAUUUAUUUCUCUCGAAUGUAGAUUCUGACACCACAAAAUUCCACAUGAAUCAAACGCCAUAACCGCAUUCCGAGUUCGAUCAUUGUUUAAUCGUUUUCCAUUUUCACCGUAACUUCGGAAUUCAAUUCCAACUGUUGUGGAUUUUCACUGCAAUGGAGGCUCAGAAUAGAAGAGGAGGAUUGGUGCCGCUGUCGCCGUCGCAGACGGCGCGCUCCGGCGACAAGCCGGCGCGAGAUCUGCGAUCUGCGGAUUCUAAUUCGAGCGGUCACAGCAAGUUUGAUAAGGACAAAGGCGUCAAUGUGCAAGUGCUUGUUCGGUGCAGGCCGUUAGGUGAAGAUGAAGCACGGUUGCAUACGCCGAUCGUGAUUUCGUGUAACGAAGGUAGAAGAGAGGUUUCUGCUGUGCAGAGUAUAGCUAACAAACAGAUCGAUAGAACCUUCGCAUUUGACAAGGUUUUUGGUCCAAAUUCAAAGCAGAAAGAACUGUAUGAGCUGGCAGUAUCUCCUAUUGUGAAUGAAGUGCUUGAAGGCUAUAACUGCACCAUUUUUGCGUAUGGUCAAACAGGGACAGGGAAGACAUACACAAUGGAAGGAGGUGCAAGAAAGAAGAAUGGAGAGUUUCCGAGUGAUGCUGGUGUCAUCCCAAGAGCUGUGAAACAGAUUUUUGAUAUAUUAGAAACUCAGAAUGCUGAGUAUAGCAUGAAAGUAACGUUUCUAGAGCUUUACAAUGAGGAGAUAACAGAUCUUUUGGCCCCUGAGGAGACUUUAAAAUUUGUGGAUGACAAAUCUAAGAAACCUAUUGCUCUAAUGGAGGAUGGAAAGGGGGGUGUGUUUGUCAGAGGUUUAGAAGAAGAGAUUGUUUGCACUGCAAAUGAAAUUUAUAAGAUAUUGGAAAAGGGGUCUGCAAAAAGGCGAACAGCCGAGACUCUUCUUAAUAAACAAAGCAGUCGUUCCCAUUCCAUAUUUUCUAUCACUAUUCACAUUAAGGAGUGUACUCCAGAAGGUGAAGAAAUGAUUAAAUGUGGGAAGCUAAAUCUUGUGGACCUCGCAGGCUCUGAAAACAUUUCACGUUCCGGUGCAAGAGAGGGUAGAGCAAGGGAAGCUGGGGAGAUAAAUAAAAGCUUGCUUACUCUAGGUCGAGUGAUUAAUGCUCUAGUCGAGCAUUCAGGUCAUGUUCCUUAUAGGGAUAGCAAAUUAACAAGGCUGUUAAGGGAUUCCUUAGGCGGUAAAACCAAGACAUGCAUCAUUGCUACAAUAUCACCUUCUAUUCACUGUCUGGAAGAAACUCUUAAUACCUUGGAUUAUGCACACCGUGCCAAAAAUAUCAAGAACAAACCAGAGAUCAAUCAGAAGAUGGUGAAAUCUGCACUCAUUAAGGAUCUGUAUUCUGAAAUUGACAGACUGAAGCAAGAGGUGUAUGCUGCAAGAGAGAAGAAUGGAAUUUAUAUACCACGUGAUCGUUAUCUUCAUGAAGAAGCGGAGAAGAAGGCCAUGGUUGAAAAGAUAGAGCGCAUGGAACUUGAAGCAGAUUCUAAGGACAAGCAAUUGGUGGAACUUCAAGAACUCUACAAUUGUCAGCAACUUUUGACUGCAGAGUUAAGUGAUAAACUUGAAAAAACUAAGAGAAGUCUUGAAGAAACUGAGCAGUCAUUAUUUGAUCUUGAGGAAAAGCACACACAAGCAAAUGCAACAAUUAAGGAAAAGGAAUUUCUAAUAUCAAAUCUUCUGAAAUCUGAAAAAGCACUUGUGGAGCAUGCAAUUGAGCUACGAGCUGAUCUUGAGAAUGCUGCAUCCGAUGUGUCAAAACUGUUUUCUACAAUUGAGCGGAAGGAUAAAAUUGACGAAGGAAACAGAAUACUUAUCCAGAAAUUCCAGUCUCAGUUAGCUCAACAGCUAGAAGAAUUGCACAAGACGGUUGCAGCAUCUGUAAUGCAACAAGAGCAGCAACUGAAGGAAAUGGAAGAAGAUAUGCACUCUUUCGUAUCAACAAAGGCAGAGGCUAUUGAAGAGCUUAAAGUGCGGGUGCGGAAAUUAAAAAACAUGUAUGGUUCUGGCAUUAAAGCUUUGAACAGUUUAGCUGAGGAGCUUAAAGGAAAUAAUCAGUUAACUUUUGAAGAGUUGAAUUCUGAAGUAGCCAAGCAUUCAUAUGCCUUGGAUGAUCUUUUUAAAGGAAUCGCAUUAGAAGCUGAUUCAUUACUAAAUGAUCUUCAAAGUAGUCUCCAAAAGCAAGAGGUCAAGUUAACUGCUUAUGCUCGACAACAGGAAAAGGCACAUGCCAGAGCAGCGGAGAACACACGUUCAGUGUCUAAAAUAACUGUGAACUUCUUUGAGACAUUACACAUGCAUGCGUCCAAUUUGAUCCAAAUUGUGGAAGAAUCACAGUUUACCAAUGAUCAGAAAUUGUACGAACUUCAAAAGAAGUUUGAGGAGUGUACUGCACAUGAAGAAAAACAACUAUUGGAGAAAGUGGCAGAAAUGCUUGCUAGCUCUAGUGCUAGAAAGAAACAACUGGUCCAAAUGGCAGUUAAUGAUCUUCGGGAGACUGCAAACACUAAAAUCAAUAGGCUGAGGCAAGAAACAUUAACCAUGCAAGAGUCCACUUCUUCUGUUAAAGCAGAAUGGAAACUUCACAUGGAUAAAACGGAGUCCAACUAUCAUGAGGAUACUUGUGCAGUAGAAUCUGGAAAGAAUGACCUUGUGGAGGUUCUUCAGUACUGCCGCAAGAAGGCAGAAGUAGGUGCACAACAAUGGAUAAAUGCUCAAGAGUCCAUGCUUAGCCUAGACAAGAGAAAUGCUGCUUCUGUGGAUACUAUUAUUCGGGGAGGAAUGGAAGCUAAUCAUCUCCUUCGAGCCCGAUUCUCAAGUGCUGCAUCAACUACACUUGAAGAUGCUGAAAUAGCAAACAAGGAUAUUAACUCAUCCAUUGAAUAUUCAUUGCAACUUGAUCAUGACGCUUGUGGGAAUCUAAACUCUAUGAUUAACCCAUGCUGUGGUGACUUGAGAGAAUUGAAGGGCGGUCACUUCCACAGAAUUGUAGAGAUAACCGAAAAUGCGGGGAAAUGUCUUCUCAGUGAAUACGCGGUAGAUGAGCCAUCUUGUUCAACACCCAGAAAGAGAACCUUCAAUUUACCGAGUGUUUCAUCCAUAGAAGAACUAAGAACCCCAUCAUUUGAAGAACUAUUGAAAUCAUUCUGGGAUGCUAAAUCUCCAAAACAUGCAAAUGGUGAUGUUAGAUACAUUGGGGCAUAUGAAGCUGCUCAAUCCGUAAGAGAUUCCAGACUUCCUCUUAUAGCAAUUAACUAGGGCAGUCAAAACUCUGUAAAUAGCAUAUUGUUCAAAUGUAAUUCCAUACAAAUUACAUAUUCAUUUAUUGUUUAUUUUGGAAAGAACAAAAGAGAAAGGAAAAAAAAAACGAUAAUAUUUGUGGAGGCAGAAAUGUGUGAAAGAUUACCCUUUUUUAAUUU